CAGGUAAACAACAUUAAUUAUAAUUUUAACAAAAGUGAUGCUAUUACUUUUUGAAAAGUCCUUGUACUGUGUUGUAAAUAAUUUGAUUGAACCCUGUAAAUAUAGCUCUGUGGUAUAUUCCAUAGUCUAUAGAAUAUUUACCAAAUGUCAAUUCUACUUAACCUAUUAAAUUUUAACGUCAUACAUGUGGAACUGUAACGUUAUAACUUAUUUAAAUUAAUAUUUGAGUUUAAAUAUUUUUAAAUUAACUUAUAAGAUUAAUGAAGUUAUUGUGUUUGGCUUCAAAAAUUCGUCAUAUAGGAUUUGUAUGUAGUAGUGAGUUUUGUUCAAUUAAACGUGUCUGUGAAACUGCUGGUUUAGUGAAAAGUUUAUUCACAUCGACAUCUUUAAAUCAAAAGUGGGGCACGAAGAAGCAGCACAGAAACGUUAAAUUGAAAAUAUUCUUGGAAGAAAUGACCGAUCCAAAGGUCGAAGAGGUUUUGGCCCCCUUAAGGGCCAGUGUUAAAGAACAGGGCGACUUGGUACGAAAAUUAAAAGCAGAUGGUGCACCUGCUAUUGAUGUCAAACAAGCAGUAGUAGAAUUGAAUAAUCGUAAAAAGCUUCUUGAAGAGAAAGAACUUAGUCUUUCUCCUCACAUAACUUUUGAUAGAGCAAAAAUGGAAGAUCUGCUUAAAAGGAGGUUUUUUUAUGAUCAGUCUUUUGCUAUUUAUGGUGGAAUUACUGGUCAAUUUGAUUUUGGUCCUAUGGGAUGUGCAUUUAAAGCCAAUUUGUUACAUUAUUGGAGGCAGUUUUUUGUUCUUGAAGAACAGAUGUUAGAAGUUGAUUGUUCAGCUUUGACACCAGAGCCAGUAUUGAAAGCUUCAGGUCAUGUGGAUAGAUUUGCUGAUUUAAUGACAAAAGAUGUAAAAACGGGUGAAUGCUUUCGCUUAGAUCACUUAAUCAAAUCACAUCUUGAAAAGAUUUCUGCUGAUAAAAAAACAACUGAAGGAACUAAAGCAGAAUGCAAAGACAUAAUUGUAAAGUUGGAUGGUAUGAACAAGGAAGAAAUGCAUGCAGUUAUGAAAAAGUUUGAUAUGAAAAGUCCUCUUACUGGUAAUCCAUUGACGGAACCCAUUGAAUUUAAUCUCAUGUUUGCAACUCAAAUUGGACCAUCUGGUUUAGUGAAAGGAUUCUUAAGACCAGAAACAGCCCAAGGCAUUUUUGUAAAUUUCAAAAGACUUUUAGAGUUUAAUCAGGGUCGGCUUCCUUUUGCCGCUGCACAAAUAGGUAAUGCAUUUAGAAACGAAAUUUCGCCCAGAUCUGGCCUUAUACGAGUGAGGGAGUUUACCAUGGCGGAAAUUGAGCAUUUCUGUGAUCCUAGUGAAAAAAGUCAUCCUAAGUUUGAAAAUAUUAAAGAUAUAGAAUUACUACUUUAUUCAGCAUGCAAUCAAAUGGACGGUAAAUCGGCUGAGAAGCGGAAAAUUGGCGAAGCUGUCUCUGAGGGUUUAGUUGCUAAUGAAACGUUGGGUUAUUUUAUGGUACGAAUUCAGACGUUUUUGCAUGAUUGCGGCGUUGAUCCUGCACGUCUUCGAUUUAGGCAACAUAUGGGAAAUGAAAUGGCCCAUUACGCCCAAGACUGUUGGGAUGCCGAAAUAUUAACCAGUUAUGGGUGGAUAGAAUGUGUUGGGUGUGCUGACAGGUCGGCCUUUGAUUUGACCCAACAUACAAAAGCAACAGGCAUUAGAUUGGCUGCAGAAAAGAAGUUGAAUGAACCUAAAAUAGUGGACGUGGUAGAAUCUGUACCUAAUAAAGGUGUCUUGGGAAAGAAGUUUAAAAAAGACGCUAAAGUGAUAACAGAUGCUUUAGCAGCUUUGAACGAAAAAGAACUUGGAGAGUUGGAAAAUUCGUUGCAGCAGCAAGGAUCUUUUGAUCUUUCCGUAGCGAAUCAAAAAUUCACGCUAACCAAUGAGAUGGUUUCAGUUAAACGUUGCAAGAAGACGUUGCACGUGGAAGAAAUAAUCCCUAGUGUAAUUGAACCGUCUUUUGGUGUUGGUCGUAUAAUGUACGCAAUAUUCGAGCAUAAUUUCAAAGUCCGAGAAAACGAUGAACAGAGAACUUAUUUAUCAUUACCAGCUGUUAUUGCCCCCUUAAAAUGUAGCGUACUACCCUUAAGCGCCAACGCUGAAUUUCAUCCAUUUGUUAAACAAUUAUCUGCUGAGUUGACAAAGCUUGAUAUUUCACAUAAAGUUGACGACAGCUCCGGUUCAAUAGGCCGAAGAUACGCACGUACAGACGAAAUUGCAAUUCCAUACGGUAUAACUGUAGACUUCGACACGUUAAAAGAACCUUAUAGUGCCACGCUUAGGGAAAGGGACUCGAUGGGUCAAGUGAGAAUUCCGCUGGAUGAUAUUCCAAUGGUUAUUCACAAUUUGUCAGCUGGUAAAGUGACUUGGAAUGACAUCGAGGCUCGGUAUCCAAAAUUUGAACAGCAGGAAAGUAAAGGUGCAAGUUAAACUGUUACUGAGUGGUUAAGAAAGAAAUUCCUAAAUUAUGUUUCAAGUUUAACAAACAAGACAACAUAAGGUAAUGCAAAAACUAUUUUACCAUUUUGCCAAGAAUUGGGAUUACUUUUAUUUUAUUUUUUAAUUAAAUACUAAAAUGUACAACAUUUGGUAAUAGCAUUUUAGUGUUUAAUAAAGUUUAUUUUAUUUUUA